GAGAGGGUGCGUGUCGGAUAUGCCGAGGCUCGUCGAUCGGCCAGUCCAAAGCCCAAAAGUCCAAAUUGUCCCUCUCUCUCUUUCUCUCUCUCUCUUUUUCUUUCUCUCUAAAACUUUGAAAACUUCGAAAGAGAGAAAGGAAGAAAGAAAGAAAGCACAAGCAGCAUAUAUAUAUAUAUAUAAAGCAUGCAGUUGUUUGAACAAAUACAAAAAUACAGAGUAGAAAUACAAAAACAAAGAGCGCACACACAAAUUCUCUCACUUCCUUCCCUCUCCCCUUAAAACUUGGCGUUUCCGACUCUUUCGUCUGUCGACUCUCUCUUCUCUUCGCUUUCUCUCUCUCUCUCUCUCUCUCUCUCCCCCUUUCAAACUCAAACAUCCAUUCCAUUAGCUUAAUCUCUCUCUCUCUCUGUCUCUGUCUCUGUGUCUCUGCGUUUCUCUUUCUCUGUGAAAUUUUGAGUUCCUUUUUUGCCCCAGCACUUCACGUAUUAUUGAUUGGCUUUGCCAAGGCCACCCAAAAAAAAAAAGGAAAAAUACUGUUUCCUUUUCACUUUGAUGUUACUGUAGCUUUCUCCAAUCCGCAUUUCAAGUUUCCACCAUAAGGUUGUUAUGUAAAUAAGAUAGAAGAUUUGGUUGUCUAUGAAGUCGGCAAAAUCAUGGAGCCACAUAUUCAAGAAAAAGAGUGCCCCCUCUGAUGGGGGAAAAUGUGGAUUCAAGAUGAAGCAGCUGCCGUUUAUGGGGAUUCUGUGUACAGUGAUGUUGUUCGUUGUGUAUAGAAUGACAAAUGAUCAAUAUAAACAUACAGAGAUGGAAACAAAAAUGCAACCCUUUGGUACAGUAAAGGAAUAUCUUGUGGCUUCUAGAAGAUUGGAUGGUUUGCCUCGUGGUAUUGUACAAGCUAGGUCAGACUUAGAGUUACGGCCUCUGUGGUCAACAAGUAGUUCAAGGUCAAAGGCAAACAAUUAUAGCAAUCGCAACUUGCUUGCGAUAGCAGUUGGCAUUGGGCAAAAACAUUAUGUUGAUCUUAUUGUGCAAAAGUUUCUUCCAGAAAAUUUUACGAUUAUUCUAUUCCACUAUGAUGGGAACACUGAUGGCUGGUGGGAUCUUGAGUGGAGUACCGAGGCCAUACACAUAAUUGCACAGAACCAAACGAAGUGGUGGUUUGCCAAACGCUUUCUACAUCCGGACAUUGUUUCUAUUUAUGAUUACAUAUUCCUCUGGGAUGAAGAUUUGGGGGUUGAGCACUUUCACCCGGGAAGAUAUCUUGAAAUUGUUAGAAAAGAAGGGCUGGAGAUAUCACAGCCAGCUUUGGAUCCAAAUUCAACAGAUAUACACCAUAGAAUUACUGUACGUGCUAGAACAAAGAAGGUUCACAGAAGAGUUUAUGAUAUUAGAGGCAGUAUUAAGUGUUCAGAUUCAAGUGAGGGGCCACCAUGCACUGGAUUCGUGGAAGGCAUGGCUCCAGUGUUUUCAAGAUCUGCUUGGCAUUGCACUUGGCAUCUUAUACAGAAUGAUCUUGUUCAUGGAUGGGGAAUGGAUAUGAAACUUGGCUAUUGUGCACAGGGUGAUCGGACCAAGAAUGUGGGAGUUGUCGAUACUGAAUACAUUGUUCAUAAGGGUAUACAAACUUUAGGAGGGGGUGGUCUAACUAAAAAGGCUUCAAUUUCUGAGGAGUUAACUAAGGGACAUGGUCUUGACGUGCGAACUGAGAUUAGGAGGCAAUCGACAUGGGAACUCCAAAUCUUCAAGGAGCGCUGGAAUCGUGCAGUAGAACUGGACAAGAACUGGGUUGAUCCGUUUAAAAGCAAAAGACAAAGACGCAGGAGACAAAAACACCAACGCAACUGAGCUUUUAACCUCAAAAACCUUAACCAGGCUGCUUGGAUUAGUCCACCAUCAUUGACAGGCACUAGUAGUCUCAUUUAUACUUGUAUCUGUAGCAUCAGUUGAAUUCUCCAUAAUUAAUUCAUUAUUUGAAUCUUCAUAAAUUUUGCCCAUAUUUUUGCUAUUUGUAUCUAGUUCAAGCCGUUAUAUAGGAAAAUUACCAUUUUCCAGUGUAAUUAGUUACAGAUUGGCACGUUGAUUAGAGAGAAUUAUAUUUGAGGGAGAUGGUAAGGUUUCUAAUAUAUCACAAUCAAAAUUGGUCCA